CCCCAAGAUAUUUUCUAUCGUGGCUGUGAGAACAACAUUAAUGGUUCCACGACUCUAUCAGACUGGAGGUUAAUAGAAAAUUAAAUUACUUAUUUAAUUAGAAGGUUACUUCAUUCUUGAAAGUGAAUAAAUAUACAGCGGACCUUGUCCUCUCUCACAAAAAACAAAUAUUGUUUUAUUUAAAAAUAAACAUUAUUUAAUUUAAAUAUUAAAAUGGAAGUGAUGUGGGUUUUAUUGAUUUUUACCCUAGUUGCAGGAGAUGUGAAGGCCGAAAUCGUCAAAAGUCGCCCUUACAAAAUUACUUACACUAAAGUACUUUCGGAUGCACUGAAAGCCCAACAGUGGGAUGGACACGAAGGACCAUGUCUGGAUACGAUGCUGAAGAUUAUGGACCAUGCAGACAACUUCACUCUGUGGGCUGUUUGGAUUCUGGACUCUUUCACACGACCAGCGGGGCAUCUAAACGGUCAGAUGUUUCAUUUGGGCAACUACGACGAAUGUUUGAAUCCCAGCAGUGGGUUCGAGAUCCACCAUGAUGUACCCCAAACCCAAUACUGCUUGAUGCACGUGACCUUGACGGAAACGGAAGCAAGCGUGAGCCCAUAUGGUUAUAUGAGGCUGGGUCAUGACGUUACUACUGAGGUUUAUCUCAAGAAACCAACAAAACAUGGCCGGCUAUUGUCAAAGAUGGUGUGGGGCGUAUGCGUGCCAGAGGUCUGCGGACCUGCGUCCACGGCCAAGAUCGCCAGGUCCGUGCUGCAGACGAGCCAUCUUGGAGCCCUGAGCGAUUCUGCCACUUUCAACGUAUCACAAUGCCACAGAGCUGACGAAUUGACGUUCGAAAUGCCAAUGUUGUUUUUCAAUUUUAUUCUGCUUCUCUUGCUGACGACGUUAUUUUGUACGUAUUACGUUAAAAAUAGUGAAGUGACGAAUAGAACUUUUGUGAGCGAGUUAGCUCGCUCCUUCUGCUUGAGUCGAAACAUGGAGAGUCUCACUGUGGUCCGUGAAGACGAAGUGACCUCUAUGAACUUCUAUAGACUGGUGGCUUGCUUCGUGGUAGUCUAUAUACAUUAUGCUAUGUUCACUUUCAUCGUUUUCCCCACCGAAGGAACAGAGAUGGAACGUAUGCUGGAUGAAGGAGGAUAUACUUCCACACAUGGGGACCUGGUGGUGGACGUAUUCCUGACCCUCUCAGGUGUGCUAUUCACGAAGGGAAUCUUGAGUGAUAAGUGGCAGAAUCCUAUUAAGUUUGUCUGGAAAAGAUAUAUAAGGUUGGCAGCUCCUCUAGCCGCCAUUUUGUUCUACAUGGCGACCACGUCGGGGCGGAUCGGAAAUGGUCCACUGUGGCAUUAUGAAAAGAUUGAACAGAAUCUGUGUGCCAACAGCUGGUGGAUCAACCUCUUUAUGUUUGUAAAUAUCACUAAUAUAGAUAAAUUGUGUAACCUUUCAACAUGGUACGUGCCAUGCGACUACCAACUGUGUGUGUUCGCUACGAUACUUUAUGUCGUGUACAAGAAAAAUAAAACUGCUGGGAAAAUCGCUUUUGCUGUGUCUCUUGCAUUGUCCAUGAUUAUUCCUGCGCUAAUCACAUACAUCAAUGAGUUUCCAGCUAUUCCGUUUUCUGGAAUUGAGUCAGUGAUGCGUUUACUCGAACGCAACGGCGUUGUGUGGUGGGACACGUACAUACCGAGCUACUGCAGGGCCGGGCCCUUCGUCGUGGGCAUGGCGAUGGGUUAUACCAUACACACUUACAAGCCUAAAGAUCAUCGGAGGGUUAUAGGAAGGUUACCAUCGUAUUUGGCACUGAUAUUAAGCGCGAUUCUCUCAUUUGCGGUCUGCGCGUGCGGCUUCCACUACUACUCGGAGUACGAGCCGGUCGGUGGCGCCAUCUACGCUGGAGUCCAUAGGGCCGUCUGGGGCGUCGCUGUGUGUCUCGUCAUUGGCGUUGCGGAGUACGGAGAACUACCUUUACUGACCCGCUUGUUCUCGUGGCGCCCCCUGGCGCCCCUCAGCAGACUGACCUACGGGGUCUACCUCACACACGUACCCAUGUUGCGUUACAUCCACUUCACAACACGAACUACACUCACUCCGAAUAUGUUUACAAUGAGCGUGGCAUGGGCAGGACUCAUGGUGUUCUGCUUGACGGCGAGCCUCGCCUUGUGGCUGCUAAUGGAGGCUCCGCUCAUCAACAUCAACAAUAUGCUGCUGGAUCACACAUGGAGUGUUAAAAGUAUAAAGUCUAAUGGAGUGAGUUGCAAUGGACAGAAGAAAUUGUCGUAAAUCUAAAACUACCUAAACGAAAUAAUUUGUUGAGUUUGCCAUAUUGUUGUAAAAUGAAAUAUGAAUAAAACUAAUUGAUCAAGAAA